AGGUCAGGCCCGAUCAUGAGUGAAUAGAAAAUCGAAAACGUACAUAGCUGUUCCAGCGGAAAUACUUUGUUUAAUUCUACCACUUCUACUAGGAGUAGCCUUUUUAGUGCUAGCUGAACGUAAAGUAAUGGCUUUUGUGCAACGUCGAAAGGGUCCUGAUGUAGUGGGAUCGUUCGGAUUGUUACAACCUCUAGCAAAUGGUUUGAAAUUGAUUCUAAAAGAACCUAUUUCACCAAGUAGUGCUAAUUUCUCCCUUUUUAGAAUGGCUCCAGUGGCUACAUUUAUGUUCAGUCUGGUCGCUUGGGCCGUUGUACCUUUUGAUUAUGGUAUGGUAUUGUCAGAUCCGAACAUAGGGCUACUUUAUUUGUUUGCCAUAUCUUCGCUAGGUGUUUAUGGAAUAAUUAUAGCAGGAUGGUCUAGUAAGACGGGGGGCGGCCGUUCGGUCGCCUAUGAUAUACGGACCAAUUGGUCAAAAAUGGGUUUGUGCCGCAGGUGUUGA